UGUUCUUCAUCCAGUUUUGAGUCUGCAAUUCUCGGAGAAGCCCAUGGUCUUAUCACGGACAUGCUUGCGGAUGUGUCAUUACCACCUAAUGUUAUCAGUGGCUUGAGAACUUUAGGAAAUCUUCUCAAGCCAGCAGAGAGUCAUUCGUCUUUCCACAAACCACGCGUCAGUCCAUUGGUGUCCCUCACAGAGUCCACCAACUACAGUUCAGACAAUGAGGAGAGUCCAUACACUGGGGAACGACCCUCCAUGUUACCCAAGAAAAUGCGUAGGAGUCUGCCACCGAGCCUGAUUCGUCGUAUGUCCACCAGUACCUGGACAACAACAACCUCUGCAACAGGCAUGCCCACUCUGGAGUUGGAACCUUGUCGGAUCCGGAGUUCAAGCUUCCGACACUCUCGUGAUGGAACACCUGCCUCCAGUCCGGUGGGAAGCCGUAGUAAUAGUCCCUCCCCAAGCUCCCCAACAGUCAUUCUAACAAUUCCAAAAUCACGCUCAUUCUCUCUUGCUUCACCCUCGCCUGCGGGAUCUAGCCAUUCCAAGCGAUUUUCACGUAAAAGCAUGGCUUCCUCUGUCCAGGGACUGGAAAGUUCCAUUGGAAGGGGGGAUAGCUUAUCAUCAUCAUCAUCUUCCUCUAAACAUAUCAGUUCAUACUCUACUAGUACUACUAAAGAAGAUUCUGAUUUUUCCCCUUCUGCCAUGGAUGAGGGAGACCACUCUAAACUUCCUCUCAUUAAAGAACAGCAGAUGACCUCUCUUCGCAGGUUAAACAUUACCUCAGAUUACGAGAGUAAUGACUCUCCCAGUAGCAGUGAUCAUAGUGACAGUGUGGUGACCUCGGACGACCUUGUAUCAGGGUCGCCUCCCAAGAGGCCCGUGUACAACCGAGGGUCAUCCUCAUCUCAGGCAGCUUCACAGUUUAGAAGGGUAAUCCACGAUACUCGUAUAGCAGAUGAGCUGGGUGUUGACACAGCAGACGACGCAGAUGAGGAAGAUGUGGAUGACCAUGAAACAGAUGAAAUCCCUUCUGUAGUUCCAGAAGUUAAAAAAGACAUUUCAUGUGGGACUGUGCCCCCCUUGCUUGAGCUCGGUGUGGACCAGACAGAUAGUGCAAAGUCUGUGUGUAGUGACAUUCUUCCAUGGGAUGUGAAUACAAUUGAACAAUGUGAACUUUUACACAUACAUAAGUUGAACGAGUGGGAUUAUCCUAUAUUUGAUUUAUCAGAUAAAUUCCAUGAUACAAUUCUCAGUCGGAUGAUAUAUAAGUUAUUCAUGGAAGUGGGUUUGUUCGAGACAUUCCGAAUACCAGUAACACCAUUCUUACACUUCUUUCAUGAGUUGGAGAUUGGCUACAGAGAAAAACCAUAUCAUAACCGUAUACAUGCAUCAGAUGUCCUACACGGUGUUUACUACCUAUCUACUCAACCCAUACCGGGCUUCACUCAACUCCAUACCACUGAUAUGUUCUCAAGAAAUGGCUCUUCUAGUGAGUCAGAAUCAGACUGUGUUGAAAAGAUGACACAUCGGGCAGGAAGUUUCCUGGCCGAGGAUAGCUAUGGCAUUAUGGGAGGAAACUUUCCUGCCUUAGAACUAAUGGCAUUAUACACGGCUGCUGCCAUGCAUGAUUAUAACCAUCCAGGUCGUACAAACGCUUUUCUUGUGGCAACCCAUGCUAAACAGGCUAUCCUGUACAAUGACCGGUCAGUACUAGAGAACUACCAUGCUGCUGCAGCUUGGCAGUUACUACUGGCCAAUCCACAUCACAAUUUUUUGUCUGGCCUUGACCAGGCAGAAUUCAAGAGAUUCCGCUUCCUCGUCAUAGAGCUCAUCCUUGCCACAGAUCUAAAACGCCACUUUGAAAUCCUUGCCGAAUUUAAUGCAAAAGUGAAUGACGAGGAAUCAUCCACCGGAAUUGACUGGUCAGUAGAAACAGAACGCCUUUUGGUCAUGCAGAUGGUCAUCAAGCUGGCUGACAUCAAUGGACCAGCUAAAACCAAACAUUUGCAUCGACAGUGGACCUAUCGCAUAGCGGAAGAGUUCUACGAACAGGGAGAUGAAGAGCUGGGUCUUGGAAUGCCAAUUUCCCCCUACAUGGACAGGAAGAUGCCACAGCUGGCCAAGCUUCAGCAAACAUUUAUCAAUCAUCUGGUGGCACCAUUGUGUAAUGCCAUGGUUACAGGUGGACUCCUGCCUGGCACAUGGGUGGAGGAUCCAGACAGUGAUGCUGAAGCCAUUGUUUAUUUUGCUUCAGGACAGUCUGAUACAGAGAAAACAGACAACACAUGUAAAGAUACUGAGGAUGAAAAUGAGACUGAUCAAGAGACAGGGUCACCAGUGCUUCUCAAGUUUGACAAGAAGCCACGGAAGGUCAACUGUUUACUGACGAAGAACAUGAAGGAGAAUUACGAAUACUGGUUAGGAAUAAUGAAACAGGAGGAAGACCAGAAGACUAGUAGUGAGACUACUACAGAGACAGUACCGCAGUCAGAAAACAGCAGUGAGAUGGAGCCAAUCAAGGAAGAGACAGAAUCUGCAGCAUCAGCUAACAGUUCUCCAGAUGUCCCAGGAACACCCUCUAAAGAACCAGGCAUUCAGUCUGACGAUAAUGACAAGACAUCAGAAGAUAAAUGAUUUUUACAGAUACAUGAAUUCCAAAUGCACUUGGACAAUGUUAUAUUAGAAGUCUACAGA